UCCGCCAUAUUGGUUAACUUAGCUGGGGAUUUCGUAUAGGCAAUUUGACAAUCAAAGACGGAAAUCCUCUUCAUCUGUUCCAAUUUCGCUUAACAUUCAAAACAUAAAUACCAACAGACUUCGUCAGGUCGUUGUGUGACUGUAUUUGGUCACUUUGUGACCACAUAUUUGUAUUAGAAAGUUUUGUUUACAAGCUACUGUCAAAGCGGAAGAGGAGAAAUGGGUACGAAAGAUGACGAGUAUGAUUACCUAUUUAAAGUUGUGUUAAUUGGAGACUCUGGUGUUGGAAAAAGUAACUUACUUUCAAGAUUUACACGCAAUGAGUUCAACCUAGAAAGUAAAAGCACAAUAGGAGUUGAAUUUGCUACACGGAGUAUACAAGUUGAUGGUAAAACUAUAAAAGCACAGAUCUGGGACACGGCGGGUCAGGAGAGAUACCGGGCAAUCACUAGUGCAUAUUACCGAGGCGCCGUUGGAGCUUUGUUAGUGUACGACAUCGCGAAACACUUGACGUACGAGAAUGUCGAGCGAUGGCUGAAGGAACUGCGCGACCACGCUGACCAGAACAUCGUCAUAAUGCUCGUGGGCAACAAGAGCGAUUUGAGACACUUAAGAGCCGUACCAACAGAUGAAGCCAAAGUUUUCGCAGAGAAGAAUAAUCUAUCAUUCAUUGAAACCUCUGCUCUCGACUCAACAAAUGUGGAAGCUGCCUUCCAUAACAUUCUAACAGAGAUUUACAAAAUUGUAUCUCAGAAGAAUAUACGUGAUAGUCCAGAUGAUGAGAGCUCACCCAGUAGUAACGUACAAACUAUUACUGUGGCGCCCACCGAUAACUCGGCGGGCCAGAAGAAACAAUGUUGCAAUGUGUGAUUUAACGCCAAGAUAGCGGAAUAAGCAAGGACAUGGCCAGCAGUGCGGUUAGCCAGACAAACACACACACACACACGCAGAGUACAGGCAGAGUGACGUCCCCUUUUACACACAACCGGUCCAGUUACACACUGCGGCAGUUGAAUGGGGCGGAUGAUUUCAAGAAAGUUUUUUAUUUUGUGUCCCUAAGUGAAGUUUUCGAUGUUUGGAAAUUCAUGAAUGAGCUUCGUGCCUGCUGAAUUGUGUUGUUGAUGAUUCACUACCUUUUUAAGCUGAUGUUUUUUUUGGGUUUUUUUUUAAUGUGUCUAAAAUGUAUAUGUAUAUCUAACUGCAUGUCAUGAGACAGAAAACUGCAGCCCUUGAAAUUCAUGUAAUCUUGCGGCAGGAGUUUGGUACAGAUAACACUAGUAUAAAUACCAGGGGUCUAAUUCACAAAGAUCUCUUACACUGCUAGACAACAAAGCAUCCUCUUUGUAAGUCUUCGCAUUGCACCGCGAGAUCACAAAGUUGCGAGAGUUUAGUGAAUUAGGCCCCUGGCCUCAAUUUUACAAAACAUCGUAAACCUAGUUUUGCAUGUGAACAUAAAAUCUAUGACUAAACCACAAUUCUUAUUACUAUUAUAAAUAGUACAACAAAUGGAGUUUGAAGUAAAACACAUUUCAUUGUCUUUUUGUCCUUAAAACGCUCCACCCUCCACCUUCCGUAUUAAUGUCAUUUUCAGCAUGAAAUAUAUUGGCACACAUUUAAAUGUUUGUCCAGUACAACUGCUAGUCCUAGAUGUGAACAUGCGAUGUUUUGUGAAAUUGGCUACUGGGCCCACUUUUACGCAGCAAUCUUAUCGCAGAGAAUAUGAGUGCUUUAAGUGCAUAACUACUUUGUACACUUACGGUGAUCUUAGCGCUAAGAUUGCUUCAUAAGACGGAUCUGGAACCAUAUUUUCGAAGCCAUCUCAGCACUAUGAAAUCGUAAAACCAUCGUAGGGUUGUGACGUCACUACAGCACAUGCCAUGGUGAUGUCAUAGCUUACGAUGGUUUUACGAUUUCGUAGGCUGAGAUUGCUUCGAAAAAUGUGUGACCAGGGCCCAUACUUCUGAAGCUAUCUUAACACUGUGAUAUCAUAAAAAUGUCCAGCUGUGGCAUGUGUCGUAGUGCUAGGAUAGCUUUGGAAAUCUGCAACGUGAUAAUGAUAAAAAUGCUGUCAAAGAUCUUUUUACGGCUGCACUGCUGUUUGCAAAUGUGAAAUUUGAGGGCUAGAUACUGUACGGUGUAAUAAUGUUAAUUGUAUGUGGUCCUCGUUUAAAACAAAUAUAUAUUGUGCAAUAUUUCUGGUUGAAAUGUACAGUUUAUUGCUUGGAAUAGUAAUUGUUUGUAAAUUGGGUGGUUUUUGUUGGCCUGAUCAGACCUCUGGAAAUUAAUAUUUUAAAUUUUAUCAAAACCCUUUUAUAGGUUAUGCAAAUUUUUUUAAUUCAGGUAAACCAUUUCAUUUUUGUGUAACCUGUCGACCAUGAAAAUGAUGUCUUAAAUUUAUUAUGUAAAUGAAAAAUAGACUUUUGUGAACAAAAGUUAAAAUUCUCACAAUUCUUCAGAGACCUAUACAAUGUGUUUCAAAGCUCAAGAUGUUGCCUUGAUUGAUACAUUCGUUUCCAAGUCAGAAUUUUUAAAAAGAGCAAGGUGGGUUUUAAAAAAAAAAAAACAUAUUUAAGAAGUAUAUCAUAUCGAACAGCGAUGUUUCUGCCAGAGAGUAAAACGGGUAUGGCGACAUACCCAAAUAUUUUUGUCAUGUUUUUUAAGUUAUCUUUUUGACAAAAUUAAUUACUCUUUAACAUUACUGUAUGCUUUUCUUGAAUCAAAACCCAAAUUUAACCCAUUUUCUUUGUGGAGAGGCCCCCAUACCCUCUUGUUAACUGUGGUUGCAUUCAAUUCAGUAGCGACAUACACAUAAAUUUCUUUCUGGCAGAAACGCUGAAUAGUUUCGACAUAAUUCAGAAAACCUCAGUUGAUCGUGAAAACAAAACAUUCAGAUCUCAAAAUUAAAGGGAGCUAUCAAUCAUUCUCCCCAUUACUCCCUUGAAAAUAGUUUUACGGCAAGUAAUUUCUAGCUUUCCUAAGCAUGUGACUUUAUAUGUUUUGGAUAUAUUGUAAUAUCUUAAAUGGCUCUUCAUAACCUUACUUUAGGGAAGCAGUGAAUGACUCCCCUCGAUUAUUUUUAUAUUUGGGUCGGAUUUAUUUACGUCACAGAUAAAUACAUGUACAAGAUUUUUAAAAUGUUUGCGUUUGUUGCAUGCUGGACAAAUCUGUAGGCAGUUAAACACUUAAAAAUAAGUUUUAAUUGAAAACGUGAAGGGGUGGGGGGGGGGUGGCAGGUUGUUGAAAAGAGAAACUAAAUCGCUAUUUCAGGCAAGAAACUGAAGUUUCAGAGAGAAAUGCCACACAGUAUUUAAGAGGACAGACCGACUUGUAAUAUUCUGUAAAGCCAAUACCAAAUUAGUGAACUAUAGUACACGAUACCGGUAAUUACUGACCCACUUACUUUUACUGUACAUUUGAAGCUAAUUGUAGUUUUAAAGUUGUGGCAUCGAUCACACACAAAAUGUAUAUAUAUUAAAUUGAAAUAACAGUUUAUGAUAAUAACCUAAGCGACUACGUCACAGAGCAGACAUAAGCCUCCCUAAAGCCCACUUUCCAUUAACGCGAAUCUGUGCGCGUCGUUCCGUUUCCACAUGCGGAUGUGUGCUUUUCCAUAUCUAUAUUUUUUUCAGGCAGAUAACUAAUUUUACUUUGUUGGAAUUUACUUUAAGCCAAAAGUCAGUGCUUCACAUUAUGACAUACACCACGCUGAAAAAUCGCUCAUUGAUGACUUUUUUUUCAGCACGUGGAAUCGUGUAUGUGGAAAGGGUCUAUGUAAGUACAAUGUUUCGAUAAACUUGUGCGAAAUGGCGCUAAUGGAAAGUGGGUCGUAAGCAAUAUUGCAUUGUUAUGUUCCAUUCUCUUUGCAUUGCACUGUGAGAUCGCAAAGUUGCAGGACUUGGUGAAUUGGGCUAAAGUUUCUUACAUUACGUGGCUGUGGUAACUUGAGUGGCCAGUAAAAAAAAAGCAAACGUGCAGAAAAUCGUUAAAAAUAAUGGUUUUAUUGUGCCCUAAAUUAUUUAAUUUUUACAAUACGUAACCCAAUUAUUUGACCUUUUUGUUUCCAUGUUUAAACUAUAUUACUAUUUGGCUUGAUGCUCAGAAAAUUAUUUUACUGCUUAAAAUAUUGUAACCUAAUUAUUCAGUCUUUAUGUUUCAGUUUUUCAAACCAUAUUAAUUUUUGUUUUGGUGUGUCUGGGAAAAAAGGUUAUUUAAAAAAAAAAAUUACCAUUUAUUAAUGUGCUUUCUAUAAUAUAUGUAGAUACGGUUAUUAUGCUAAUGAAGAUUUAAUCUUUAAUUGUUAUGGACUGACAAAAUGCAGAUGUUAAUUUCUAAUAAAAUACAAUAAUUUUGUCAUAAAAAAUUAAUUCAAAGCUGUACACCCUUUCAUGCAUUACUCGUAUCUACUUUUUAACAUUUUGUGGAAUAUGGACUUUCCAGUUAUUUUCUGCUUUGUAUGCAUUAGUAAAAACAAGUUUACAUAAAUUAAUUUUCAUCUGGUCAUUUAACCUUGUAUUCAAGUAUAUAUUGGCAGACUAUUAUUUGUAUUCAUAAAACAUUUGACGUGCGACUUCUUAAAAUCGGAUCGCUAUUAGUACGGUUUUAUUGCUUUGAUACAGAGUCCAGUAUUGAUUUCACUAUUAUUCUCUGUCACGGUCUAUAGCCCACUGCAAUUUGCGAUACAAGUAAAAUAUGAAGAGUUCCAUCGCAAAAUGUGAUAAACGCCAUAUUAAAAACCAUUGUACAAACACCACUCGGACACUGUUCACACAUGGACAAACACAAGUUCAGAUUGUUUUCAGCAAAACACAAUACAAUUGUCUGAGGAUAUAUUGCAGAUUGCAGAGAAACUGGCGUAGUGUUUAUGGUGGUUUGGAAUAAAACCUGUUUAGGAUUGGGUGUGUAUAGUGGCAUUUAUCGCGUUUUGCUAUGAAACACUUCAUAUAUCUUCCAAUGUUUCAUUAUAAUCAAUGCUGGUCCAAAGGAUUGGUGAUGAAAAUGGUGAAAUAUAUAUGCCAAACCGAUAAAAAAUUAUUUAGAAUACAUUUAACAAAAGACGGCAUAGGCCCAUGGGUUGGUUAUGUCAAUUUGAUUUUUAAAAAUCGGUUUGUAUUAUGUUCAGACCGAAUGCAGAAUUUCACAUUUUUACUGUAACAGGAUCAAGCCGAUAUCCUACGUCUUUUAACCAGUUAAUCUCUCAUUUUGUGUAAACUAUUUUUCGUUUAAGCAAGUUUUGAAUGCGAAUUUCAAAAACAAUUGGCGAAUUUUAUUUAUAUUUGGCAAAAUAAUUUGAUGAACUAACUGAUACUUUGUUACAAAAUAACUGGCUUUCUGCACGUUUUGAAGUCUUAGCAAAUAAGUUGGCGACAUUUUCUGCUCACCCAGAGCUAGCUCUGCAUCAGUGAGAUGAACAUCAACCGGUUACACACACAGGUUAAUGAUUUACCUGUAUUUGUUUCUGCUUAACCAAUUAAUGGAUUAUGCAAAUUUUCAAUUCCCAGAGGCCUGUCUGAAAAGUAUCUUUUUUUUUUUUUUUUUUUUUUUUUUUUUUUUUUUUUUUUUUUUAAAGACUUGUCAGGUAAAAUAAACAUUCAUCUGGUAAAAUUAUUUUAAAAUCAGCAGGCCAUAUUUUACUCUCCAUUUCGAGCCCUGUUAUUAAGUUAACUGGGGACUAAUUCACUAUAGUCUUACAACUUUGCGAUCUCGCUGUAUAAUGUUACAAGACUUGCAACGAGGAUGCUAUGUUGUCUAACAGAGCCUAAGAGACCUUUGUGAAUUAGUCCUCUGGAUUAAAAAAAUAAUAAAUUAUGAUAAUGUUAAUUUUAUCUGACGGUGGUGACCGGAUGAAAAGCGGAUUUGCUCUUGCCUGUGUGUACUCCCGUUUUGUGGUGAAACAUUCUGUUUACCCGAUCUUUCCAGUAUGAGCUGCCUGUUAUCCUGUCCACUUAUUUAAUGUUAUUGUAAAAUGGUUAUAUUAUCUUAUAGAGAUAAAAAUGAAAAUCCUAUGUGCACAUUUCUUAAAUUGUUUUGCUUUCUUACUGAAAAUAUUUUGUAUCUACUCAAAUUAAUCUUCAAUUGUAAAUAGGUGUACAUUGUUUAAGGUGAUAUCACUAUGACACUGCGAUUGUUAAUGUGUUGUUGUUGUUUUUUUUUCCUUCUGUUUAGACGAAAGACAUUACACCAGGGUACUAGCGUUUCGGUGUUGAGGUAUGUGUUUACGAACAGCAGGAUACAUUUUCACUGUAGCCAACUUUAAAAAAUUCCAUUUUUCUGUAAGCAAGGUGUUAGCUGCAUGCUAAAUUGUACAUUGUUCAUUCCAUCUAAAGCCAUGCAUUGUCUCGUUUCCUUAAUCAGCAUUCUCAUUAUGCGAUUUAUCGUAUCGACUUGCGUCUUGAGAAAUAGGACCAGUUCUAAUCGGUACAUCUCCGAAAUGACAUGUUGUACCAAUUUAGGUGUUCUCACUAUAGGAUUCAAUCCGAUCACAUGUGACAAAGGCGGUGCAACUAAUCGCAUUACGAGAACGCCGCUGUUAGAAGAUAACAGAACUGAGUAUGGUGCCAUUUUAUGUUAUGGGAAACUGCUAACUCUAUACCUAUGUAUCGGAUGGUUUGUAAAUAUGUUUUGGAAUAUGAACAUGCUUAAUAGUAGAGCAGAGGGGAAUCUUUCCUUUCAUAAUAAGCCACUUUUAUCUUUCUGAUGUUUGGGAGGACAAAUUAACCAGAAUUGUGUGAAGGGUAGGGGUAGGGGAGACAUCACAGGUACACAUAGAAAAGUGUGUUCUAUUCUAAAGCAAAAAAUCGCCCAUGAGGCAGAAGUGUUUUCAAGUCUAUCUCUUUACUUAGUUACAAUGUUGAAUACUGUAAAUCAUGCAAUUAAUAUGUUGUGAUGUGGGUUCCAGGAAAUAAAUAUAUUUAUUGAUUUUA